AUGUCGCAGACGUGCGUUUCCACAUCGGCCUCGUCUCUCAGAUUCAACUCCCUUGGCUUCGUCCCAAACCCUAGCUCGUCUCCCCAACCACAGGCCCUCUCUCUCCCCUUCCAACGCUUACCUUCAAGGAAAUUGAAUAAGUUAGUUGGGAAGAGCAAAAAUCUCCAAAGUUCUCCAGUGAAAGCUAUUUACUCUGGUGAACAUUGGGCACCAGAAAGGAGUUCUCGUCAAGGAAUUUGGUCCAUAAGGGAGGAUGUGCAAGUUCCAUCUUCUCCAUACUUUCCAGCAUAUGCACAGGGACAGGGCCCACCCCCUAUGGUGCAAGAACGCUUUCAGAGUGUUAUUAGUCAGCUUUUCCAGCAUAGAAUAAUACGUUGUGGGGGAGCUGUUGAUGAUGAUAUGGCAAACAUAAUUGUUGCUCAACUUCUUUACCUUGAUGCUGUUGAUCCUAAGAAGGACAUUGUCAUGUAUGUAAAUUCACCAGGAGGAUCUGUUACUGCUGGUAUGGCCAUUUUCGACACUAUGAGGCAUAUACGACCUGAUGUAUCCACUGUAUGUGUUGGGCUUGCAGCUAGCAUGGGGGCUUUCCUGCUCAGCGCUGGUACCAAAGGAAAAAGGUACAGCUUGCCAAAUUCGAGGAUAAUGAUCCAUCAGCCUCUUGGUGGAGCUCAAGGUGGGCAAACUGACAUAGAUAUUCAGGCAAAUGAGAUGCUGCAUCAUAAGGCAAACUUGAACGGUUAUCUCUCCUACCACACUGGUCAAAGUCUUGAAAAGAUCAAUCAAGACACAGAUCGUGAUUUCUUCAUGAGUGCGAAGGAAGCCAAAGAUUAUGGGCUUAUAGAUGGUGUGAUAUCGAAUCCUCUCAAAGCUUUCCAACCUUUGGCAGCCGCAACAGCAAGUGAAGAUGAAUCAGCUGAGCAAACUGUUGCGGAAAGUAAAGGUGAAUCGAGUGUCUGA